AUGGAAGAAAAGCAAGUGAAAUACCAGCUCGGGACACUCUCGCGUGUCGAGCCGGUUACUUUGGGAGAACCCGGGCGGCGAACAUUCAGGCUGGACCUACACUCCGGGCAAGCAUUCUGCUCCCUUUGGCUGGAAAAGGAGCAGCUGUUCCAGUUGGGCGUUUACCUCCGGGACUAUGUCGCCGGACUGUCGAGUGAGGAGAAGGAGGGAGGCAGCGCACCCAAGGAAUCCGACUGGAACGGCGGGGAGCAGUCUAUUGACUUCAAGGCUGGUCAGAUGUUUCUCAGCCAUGACAAAGAGACUAACUCCUUCUACAUGCAGGCCCACGAGAGGGAGACCGACGAGGAACGUCAGGAGGGUGAGAGUGAGGGUGAGGCAGAAUCUAUCAGCUUCUGGAUCACUCUGAAUCAGGCCACCGUCUUGGCCGAGGAAUCGCUGCGUAUUUGCGCAGCAGGCCGGCCCACCUGCUUUCUCUGCGGUCAACCCAUCAACCCCGAUGGGCCAUUACAAGAAGUGCUUCGGCACGGCGAGAUCCUGUCCUGCCAGUUGACGCGACUGGGAUCCAACUACACCUUCGUCGUCAAUGUCGCCCAGGACGGUCUGGAAGCCUAUGCCAUCUACAAGCCCCGGGACGGCGAGGCGCCGUUAUGGGAUUUCCCUAACGGCACUCUGUACAAGCGGGAAUGCGCCGCCUACCUGCUUAGCGAUAUCCUAGGCUGGGACCUUAUCCCCUUCACUAUAAUUCGUGACGGUCCCUACGGCAUCGGGUCGGUGCAGGAGUUCAUUGAGCACGACCCCAAAGAGAACUACUACAACCUCGGCUCUGACUACGCCGAUCAGCUUCGCAUGGUCUGUUGCUUCGACUUGGUUGCCAACAGCACCGACAGGAAGCCCAAUCACCUGAUUACCGACCCUGCCGGGAAGCUCUGGAGCAUUGACCACGGCCUGACAUUCCACUCUGACGUAAAGAUCCGCACGGUGAUCUGGGAUUUUGGCGGCGAGCCAAUUCCCGAUGAGUUGCUGGAUUCCCUGACCGAAUUCAAUGCAAGGCUAAAUGGUCCCCAGAACAGCAUGCCGAAAAGGCUGCAGGAGUUGUUGGAACUCCUUUCACCAUCGGAAGUUGAGGCCCUUAGGGGUCGGCUGGACUGGGUACUGACCGAGCGAGCGUAUCCGGGGGCUGCAACGGCCGCGUCGCAGGCGCGGCGGCUGAUCAGGGCGCGAGGACAGUGA